UCUCCUUCAGCAGGGGAGGGCAGGGCAGGCAUCCCCAGUGGGUUACAUAUUUGAGGCCGCUUGACCGGAUCGGACUCCGCUGAGUGAAAAGAAGGAGCCGCCUGGUGUGGCGGAGGGAUACACGGCUCUGGCAGGUGGUGAGAAAACAUUUUGAAUGAAGUGCGCGAGAGCAGGCCCGUCGGCGGCAGUUCGUCAGCGCCGAAGUCGCACUGCGAACCCGGGGCGCAUCCUUUUGCAUACUUACGAAAGAUAUCCAGACUUCUGUGGUACAAUAUUGCUUAAAAGUCCCAAUCUGAAGACCUAACUAUUUCUCAAGAAAGCAGCAAUAUCACUGAUGAGUUGGCAGCAGCAAAGGCCUUCCCAAUGGAGAAUCAGAAUACUAAAAAGGUACUUUCCGAGUGUUAUAAUAUACAACGCAACUUACAUUUGAGGUGCGGAAACUCAAUCAAUAGCAUGAAGAAGAUGGACUCUCUCUUCACAAGUGGUUCGUCAGAUGCUCCAGCAGCAAAUGUGUGUACAAGCUCUGUCAUCUCCAAGAGUUUGGGAAGCACUCUGAUAAACAAUCACCCUAGCGUCGUGAAUGAUAGAGAUAAUUUAACAACUCCCAGGAGAAAAUCAGAAGAGAAUACAAAUGUUGAAAUCUCAAACAACCCAGUCACACCAUCUAGAGGCUUCUCUGACAAUACUGCAGUUGACUGUAGAAUUACGCCAGAUUGUUUUACAAGCCAGAAUAAAGAAGAAUUCAAAAAUAUAUUGAAAAAAUUAAGACGACGGUCUACAAUUGGAGCACGAGGUUCUCCAGAAAAUGAUUCUCUCAUUCGAUAUAUUGCUCGGCAAAGGAGAAUGAAGAUGCAAGAAACUUUGUCAGAGCCCAGCCCUUCUCAACAUCGGAACACGUUGCUGAAAGACAAAAUUGCUGCCUUCCAAUGCUCAUUUAAAGCCCUCGAAGAAACUGAAGAAAAGGCCAUCCAUAUUCACUCUGUUUCAAACACAAGACUGCACGAGCGAUCAGCGUUGAGCCAGACAUGGUCACCAGAGGAUACGAACAACGCUUUCGAAGAAAACUUAAAUAAUAAAUUUAUCAACGGAGAUGGUAUUUCAGCUGAUAUCCAGAUGCACAGUCCCAGAUUUCCAUCAAGGAAACCCCUUGUGUCUGGCACAAAUGUUAUGUCUAAGGCUGUUCCGGUCUCACCAGCGAACGCUGUGGAGUCUACAAGUGUGUCUACUCCAAGUACGGGCAUAUCAAAGAGUGACAGUGGUGAAGACAAAGAAUUGAGCAGAAACGACACAUCUCGACCUAGCAGUAAGAAGGUUCGGUUUUCAGAAAAGCAGAGCUUGGAAAUCUUUGAUGAAAGCAAACCACCCAUUACACCUAUGGGAAAAGGCCAUUCCUUUCCCAGCUCCCUUCGUUCUGCUCUGAAGAAAACACCAGUCAAAAUCAUGUCAGAAGGUUCAAAGGAUCUUCAAGGAUCAUCAGAUAAAAUGGCCACACUGAUACGGACUGGAUCUUCUGAUCCUGAAGAAAGAAAAAAUAAUUCUCCUGACCAUCAGGCUCCUUUGAUUAGAACCACUCGAAACUCUGCUAAAAAGAAGUGUGUAAAAGGAAAAAAUCUUGCAACCAAAACUGAAGCCCAGAAUCAGCUUAACCAAUUGCAGAAAGCCAAAACUUCAACCAAAUCCCCCAAAAAUCUGGCUGCCCAACCUAAAAUGGUGGAGAAGAGGAGGAGGAGGAGGAGAGGGAAGAAGAAAGAGGAGCAGAAAGUAUUUUAUGGGCCGCGCGAGAGAGUAUCGAAGAAACCGCUCUUAAGUCCGAUCCUAGAAAUAACAGAAAAUGCCUCCUUUUGUUCCUCCUACACAAAUACACCAACAUUAAAAGUUUCCACCUCAGACGACUCUUUAAGUGACCUGCAUGCUACGUUUAUAGAUGAAAUGGCUGAAGACAAAAAGAGUCCACCUCAUGCUAUAGGAGUGGACGGCCACGAUCAACAUUCUAGCCCUCAGGAAGAAGAUGGCGUAUCGAGUUCAUUCGUGCAGCUUCCAGAACUGGCUCUGAACAAUAGAGAACAAUGGCUUCCUGGAUACGUGCCUGAAAAAAUCUCUUCUGAAAAGCUGAAGAGUUCUUUAAAUGGAAAUGAACAGGUGGUAGGAACGGGCUAUCUGUCGAGUAGGACAGCAAUGCAGCUGGAGGAGUUUCUGAACAUCUGUGGACCUGGUAAAAAUAUCGAAGCUAAAGAAAAUUCAUUUUUCACCGUAGAUUUUGCAACGGAGGCAAUGAGUGAAAGCAACGAGGUGAACUUUGAAAGGAACCCAAGAAACAGCAGAAAAUCGAGGGGAGACUUUCUGAACACGGAGGGCGCCCAGUCAAACAAUCCUGGAAACAGCACUGGCGUUCCUGGAGGAAACCUGGAAGGCUUGCCACCUUGUUCUUGGACAGCAGAUGAUAUUGCAGCUUUAAACCAUUUUGGGGAAAACAGGAACGUAACAAAAAGAGUAAGACGCAGCAUGAGGGGUCAGAAAGAUGCAGAAGCUGAAGGCCUUGCCUGGGUUGAGGUCCCUGCCGCUGAUUUAAGUCAAAUCCCUCUACAGUCCGCUUGCAAAGUCCCCAAAAGGCUGUCAUCUGCUGGCUCUCAAGGAUCAAAACACGCUGCAAGUAGCCCUUGUGGACCAAGAAGAAGGAGCUUCUGCGCAUUGGAUGCUGAAAAAGACCAACGUGUCACCUUCCGCGUUCAGAGGAAUAGAAGAGCCAGUCUGGGUUACAAAAGUGACCACGGCUAUCGAAAAACCUUUGAAAUGAGAAAAUUAUUGAAGGAUCAACCGAUUCUUCAAAUUAAGAUUGAUGCCUAAAUGUCCUGUAUUUUUUUAAGCAAGGCAUAGACCUUUGACUUCUUCCCUUUCCAUUUUUUUCCCCAAAAGGCAGUAAAGAGAAAGAGUGGGUGAACUCAAAACAAACAAACAAAAAAAAAACAGAGAAAGGAAUGCCAAUCAAAUAGGUUCUACUCUGAAGUAAUUGGAAAUUUAAGAUUGCACUUAGAUGUCAAGGCUGAUCCGUUGUAGGACGCGUGGUUCUCAUUACCGACUGUUGAAUGGAGUUAAAACCAAGCAGAUAUCACUGGAAAGGGGUCUCCAAACAUUUUGAACUGGACCUCAUUAAAAGUACUAAAAUAACAUCUUGGGUGCUACAGGGCAACGCCAAAUGUUCUGUCUUCCUCCUUUCUCAAGACGUGUAGCUGUGCAUGAGUUUUAUGCAGCUGUAGUGACGGGUGUUUCUAAACACUUUUUUUUAAAGUGAUUGGACCUUUAACUAUAUCGCCACACUGGGAGUUUUGUUUUUGCUUUUUUUUUUUAAAGAAAUACUAGUGAAAUGAUAAGAUUCAGGUAAAUACAGGCAUAUUUUAAUCCUUUUCCAAGCAGAGCUGGUCUGUGGCAAUCAAAGCGGAGAUUGUCGUAAUUGUCUUUAGCAUCAGUUUCAGAAAUUAAACUCCCCGUUUAACGCUACCCUUGACCUAGCAGACACCCAAGAAGACGACACUUGGAUUAAAUUGCAACCAGACUGAAGAACAGUAACAAGCUAAAGUGUGAUGAAGUAUUUACUGGCUAAAAUAGAAUGAAGCAAGGGCAUGUUUAGUGGAGAAAUUAACUUACACUUUCUGAGCUGAUCAUUCGUUGUAGAUGAGUUUAGCUAUGCUUGGCCCAUUUCCCUCCACUUUUUUGGUGUAUUCUUGUUUCUUGUUUUCUUUUUUUUCUUUUUUUUUCUUUUUUGCAUCAUCUAGUAUCCUGAAGGCGAUUUCUAGAAGAAGAAUCUUCAUUAUGCAGACAUGAGAUGCAUUGAGAAAUAAAAUGGCAGGUUGGCAUUGA